GGAUGGGCUUUUGAGACACAUCGUUUCCCCAGAUGAGCAGUUAAAAUUGCAGCUUUUAUACCUUAUUUACGUGCGAUCACCUCAUUCUUAAAUGACGAUUAGGACGAGACCGCCACAAGCUCAUCGCGUCUCAUACAUUUCUCUGCGACUCCUUCCCAGACCACCACACCCAACUGUCCAGUAGUACUACUCUUACCACUAUUCAAAAAAAGCUCCAAAAGCAUGGACAAUGGAAACCUGCAACCACUUCUCUCCAACCACGGGGAUCAAGAAGAUCAUCAGGAACUCACCAGAGAAAGAACCAUCUCCUUUACAGCCGAGGGAGACAUUGAGCACAUAAAAAGUUUCCGAGAUUACUUCACUCAGUUCGGUGUCGAAUCCAAGAAGCUCUGGUUCCUCGCCGGACCGGCAAUCUUCACUUCCUUAUGUCAAUACUCUCUAGGCGCCAUUACACAGGUCUUCGCCGGUCAAGUCGGUACUCUCGACCUCGCCGCCGUCUCCGUUGAAAACUCUGUAAUCGCUGGUUUCUCCUUUGGCGCAAUGUUAGGGAUGGGGAGUGCUCUGGAGACGUUAUGCGGCCAAGCAUUUGGAGCUGGACAACUGGACAUGUUGGGGGUUUAUAUGCAGAGAUCUUGGGUGAUCUUGAAUUCAACGGCGAUCGUUCUGAGUUUUCUGUAUAUAUUUGCAGAGAAAUUAUUGAAGCUGAUAGGGCAAUCGACUGAGAUCUCGAAGGCCGCCGGUGUGUUUGCGAUAUGGAUGAUUCCGCAACUCUUCGCUUACGCCGUAAAUUUUCCAAUCGCUAAGUUUCUUCAAUCUCAGAGUAAGAUGAUGGUGAUGGCGUUGAUAUCGGUGGCGGCUCUGUUACUCCACACCUUCUUCAGUUGGCUUUUGAUGCUGAAACUUGGUUGGGGAUUAGUCGGAGCAGCAAUCGUGCUUAACUCCUCCUGGUGGUUCAUAGUGGUGGCUCAACUGAUCUAUAUCUUCAGUGGCACAUGUGGUCGAGCUUGGACUGGUUUUUCCUGGAAAGCUUUUCAGAAUCUCUGGGCAUUCGUAAGGCUAUCGCUGGCAUCGGCUGUUAUGCUCUGCCUAGAGGUGUGGUACUUUAUGGCUUUGAUCCUCUUCGCUGGAUAUCUGAAGAACCCACAAGUUGCUGUGGAUGGCCUAUCUAUAUGUAUGAACAUUUUGGGUUGGGCAGUCAUGCUGGCUCUUGGAUUCAAUGCAGCCAUAAGUGUGAGGGUUUCCAAUGAAUUGGGAGCAGGGCAUCCAAGAACAGCUAAGUUUUCAGUUGCAGUUGUGGUUGUUACUUCAUUCCUCCUCGGCCUUGUCCUCUCACUCAUUUUGAUCAUCUCCAGAAAUGAAUUUCCAAUUGCAUUUUCAAGCAGUACAGAAGUGAGACAGCUCGUUUCUGAGCUAACCCCAUGGCUAGCAGUAUCCAUUGUCAUCAACAAUGUUCAACCUGUUCUCUCUGGGGUGGCAAUUGGAGCAGGGUGGCAAGCUUUUGUUGCGUAUGUGAACAUUGGGUGCUAUUAUAUAUUUGGGAUUCCAUUGGGUCUCAUCUUGGGCUAUAAGGUCGACUUGGGUGUCACGGGAAUUUGGUGCGGAAUGCUAUGUGGAACCAUUUUACAGACAUGCGUGCUGUUUUGGAUGAUUUACAAAACCAAUUGGAAAAAAGAGGCAUCAAUUGCUGAGGAUAGGAUACGGCAGUGGGGAGGAAACAACGAUGAGAAAUCCAAUGACAUUGAGAAGUAGAUUCGAGACCCCAAAAAAAAAAAAAUGGCACAUCACAUUUUCACCCAUUUAUAGCUUCUCUUCUAAGCACAAGAUUGAUGGGCAACAGUUGCGUAUGUCAAUGCAUCCUUUCAAGUUUCAACAUUGAAGGAGAAGAAAGCUGCGACAACUUCAAUUCAAAGGUAACUCUUUUGAGUUACAGGUUCGGUUCAUGUUGAGGCUUGGGCUAGACAUCAAGAACAAUCCAAUUUUCAUAUAUAUUCUCUGUUCAAUCCAGGAAGGAAUCUAAAAACACUUUCCGAUCC